UCUUUUUUUUGCUAGGUUAAAAAACAAAUUCUGGAUGAAGAAAUAAUUUGUUCUCCAGAGGCAUCUGUUCUUCUGGCCUCCUAUGCUGUGCAAGCUAAGUAUGGUGACUAUAACCCUAACAUACACCAGCCUGGAUUUCUAUCUCAAGAUGAGUUGUUACCUAAACGAGUUCUGCAGCAAUAUCAGAUGACAUCGGAAAUGUGGCAGGAGAAAAUAACAGCUGUGCAUGCAGGUCACAGAGGAAUUUCUAGGGAUGAAGCAGAGAUGAAUUAUUUAAAAAUUGCACAAGACUUGGACAUGUAUGGUGUGAACUAUUUUCCCAUCACACUAGCUAAGAAUGACUCAGAUAUCCUUCUUGGAGUGGAUGCU